AUGCCCACCGACGCUGAUAACAAGCGCCAGGCAGCGCGAGAUGUCAUCGAUAUUCUAGAGGAUAUCUCUAAAAUACUGAAUACCAAUUUGAACCGGACUGAACUGUCUCUCUGUGUGUCCUUGAUUGAAAAUGGUGUUAAUCCUGAUGCUCUUGCGGCGGUGAUCAAAGAUUUGCGCAAAGAGGCAGCAACUGUCAAUCGUGGUCAGUAG